UCCGCCUCACAGGAUAAAACCUGGGGUGGCCUGCAGGGAACCCAAGCUCUCCUGUCGGCAGUGGCCAUGGUGGUUCCCAAGACUCUCCCUGCCCUGGGGAGGCACUACCUCAGGAUUGUAACCUCCCUGCUGCUUCUGGCUGCUCCAGCCACCCUAGCUGCUGCCAAGACAGCUGGCCCCCCAGCCUGUGGAAAGCCCCAACACCUGAACCGAAUCGUGGGUGGUGAGGACAGCACCGAUGCCGAGUGGCCCUGGCUUGUGAGCAUCCAGAAGAAUGGCACCCACUACUGUGCAGGCUCCCUGCUCACCAACCACUGGGUGCUCACGGCCGCCCACUGCUUCAAGGGCCAUCUGAACAAACCAGCCCUGUUCUCUGUGCUGCUGGGGGCCUGGCAGCUGGGGAACCCCGGCCCGAGGUCCCAGGAGGUGGGUAUUGCCUGGGUGCAGUCCCACCCUGUGUACUCCUGGAAGGAAGGCGCCCAUGCUGACAUCGCCUUGGUGCGCCUGGAGCAUGCCAUCCAGUUCUCUGAACGCAUCCUGCCCAUCUGCCUGCCUGAUUCCUCCGUCCAUCUCCUUCCGGACACCAACUGCUGGAUUGCUGGCUGGGGGAGUAUCCACGAUGGAGUGCCCCUGCCCCACCCUCAGACCCUCCAGAAGCUAAAGGUUCCCAUCAUCGACUCAGCAGUCUGCAGCCGCCUAUACUGGCAGGGAGCCGGGCAGGGCGCCAUUACGGAGGACAUGCUGUGCGCCGGCUACCUGGAGGGGGAGCGGGACGCCUGUCUGGGCGACUCCGGAGGUCCCCUGAUGUGCCAGGUCGAGCGCACCUGGCUGCUGGCGGGCGUCAUCAGCUGGGGCGAGGGCUGUGCGGAGCGCAACCGGCCCGGCGUCUACAUCAGCCUGGCCGCCCACCGCUCCUGGGUACAGGGGAUCGUGCAAGGGGUGCAGCUCCGCGGGCACUCGCAGGGUAGCGGGCACAGGGCGCCGGGGACGGGCUCUGGGGGCGCGGCGAGCUCGCGGGGCCGCCCGGGGCCGCGGGGUUUAGGGAUCUGGGGAGACCACGUGCUGUUUCCUCUGUUGUAAAUAAGCGGUCUACCUCUGGGGGGGCGCCCGAGUGCCGGCGCCUGAUCUCCUCCGCGGGGAGGCCCCGCCCCGCCCCUGGGCUCAGGCCCCACCCCCGAGGCCCGGAGCGCCUUUGUGUACAUACAUGUUAAUGAUUUUUACAGUUAUUUGUAACUCCUCCCACACGUCUUAUUUAUUCCUCCAAUUUCAAUAAAUUGUUUA